UCCUCUAGGAUAUUAUGAAGUAAAACUAAACAUGGAUAAUUACCAAGUACUUGAGUUGAUUGGAGAAGGCUCCUUUGGGAAGGUUUACAAAGGUCGCAAGAAAUACACAGGUUCUACUGUGGCUCUGAAAUUUAUCCCAAAAGCUGGGAAGUCCGACAAAGAUUUAAGAAACCUUCGGAAAGAGAUUGAAAUAAUGUCGGACCUACAACACCCAAAUAUUAUCCAACUUUUGGAUAAUUUUGAAACUGAACAAGAAGUGGUCGUGGUAACGGAGUACGCAGAGGGGGAGCUGUUUCAGAUUCUUGAAGAUGAUGGAAAGUUAUCCGAGGAUCAAGUCCAGGAGAUCGCGAGUCAGCUCGUAUCCGCUCUUUAUUAUCUCCACUCUCAUAGGAUCUUACAUAGGGAUAUGAAGCCGCAGAAUAUUCUCAUUGGAAAAGGUGGUGUCGUGAAGUUAUGUGAUUUUGGUUUUGCCCGUGCUAUGAGCAUGAACACGCUGGUAUUGACUUCAAUUAAAGGAACUCCACUUUAUAUGUCGCCUGAACUUGUGGAAGAGAAACCAUAUGACCAUAAUGCUGACUUAUGGUCACUGGGGUGUAUUUUAUACGAACUCUUUGUCGGCAAACCCCCGUUUUACACCAACAGUAUAUUUCAACUUGUAAGUCUCAUUAUAAAAGACGAUAUAAAAUGGUUGAAAUCAAUGAGCGACAAUUUCAGAUCAUUUUUGAAAGGACUUCUUACCAAGAACCCAGUCAAGCGAUUAACAUGGCCGUUCCUACUUAAGCAUCCAUUUGUGAAAGACAAAGUGUUUCUCCAACUUGAAGAAACAUCUUCAGUUCCUUUGACAGAAGAACCAACACCUGAGAUUGUGCAAGCAAAGGAGAAGAUUGCAGCGCAAGUUUCCUCCAAGGGGGGUGGGUCAAAGAUAUUGAGAAAGGCUCGGCAGAAAAUGGCGGCAGCAGAAAAGGAGAAAAAAUCUUUGAAAUCGGAAACUCAUAAAACUGAGGAAAACAAGUCUAAAAAUCAGAGCAAUAAAAGCAAGUUACCACAAAUUCAAACCAAAACUAAGAAACCAGCGAAACGGGAAGUUAGUUCGGCAACAAAAUCAAAGCAAAUUGAGAAAGAAAAACUUCCAAACAUGAAACAGCUGAGUUUGCAGGACCAAAGUGUGGAAGAUUCUGAUGACGACUGGCAAGAGAUCAUAGAUGCUACAGACCCGGGUAAUAUGCAACUUACUACUCCAAUGACUUUGUUGUCAGAUGCAGAGUUUCGGAGGAAAAUUCUGGAAGAGAUUAAAGUUGCAAAGGAUAAAGCUCUGGGUGGAAAGCUGAGUGGAGCGUCUACUUUUAGAUCCAUUAUUAAAGUUAUGACGAAUCUGCUUGCUACUAAGUGUGAUGCAGAUUUACUGUGGAGGUUUUGCCAAGAACUCGAGAUUCCAAAUCAAUUCCUGGAGAUGCUGGAUCAUAUUUGGAAGAAUGAGACACAGAAGAAAAGGUCGUGGUCCAAUAAAAUAAUGACGGAUAUUGUCGCUUUGUUGACCACAUACGUUGCGAGUGACUUUAACGUACAAAAUGUAAACAAUAAACAAGACGUCAACACCCAGAGAGAAUUUGGAGAUUCUGCUGUGAAGAUUAUUCGAUCUUUAGCCAAAAUAAUCUCGUCAAAACCAACCCAUAACCAUACCCUCCAUGACCAAACAUUGCUAUGUUUGAUCUUUAUAUGUGAAAGUGUGGACCAUGGACAAAACAUAGCAGUUGCUGCAAAAGUUUACAAAGAAUUAUCCAACUGUGGGCUUGUUGAAGUCAUAUUUAAACAUGCUCUGAACAAAGAUCUUUGGGUUAAAGAUCUUGUAAAAGAUAGCGACCUUGAGAAAAGAACUGACGAAAUACAAGCGUUAUAUUUAUCAUGUCUAGCUGCUGUGGCUUAUAUACCAGUAAUAGGUUUACCAAUACGCCAAUUUAAAAAUAUUGUGACCGAAAAUAUUGCCAAAUUAAUUACCAAUAAUUCAGCUUUACUUUCUACUGUAUCUAUUUUAUUAUCUCAUCCUGCUAUGUGUCUCAACUGUUUAAAAUUUAUCUACGCUUGUGCUCAAUUAAACCCUGAUGUGUGUAAAGUACUUUGUAACGAGUCUGUCGCAACCACACUACUCCAUAUACUUAGUGGUUCAACCCCCACCCAUGAAAGCAUGGAGAUUCAAGUCAUAGAUCUGGUGCUAAAUAUUUUCACAUCCUUUACUGUUUCUGCUUCCGAAUCGUCGAAAUUACUUCUUCAAUCUUCAGCAGCAUUACUGGGAACUGUGUUCGUUCAAUCUCAGCAGCCAACCCAUGUAUUAAGUGCAGCAGGGUUGGUGUAUGAACUGAGUAACCUCGGUGUUGUUUUCCACAUCGGCAUAGAUGAAUUCUUCUCCGCAAUAAGUUCCGCCGUUUCUAACCUCACAGAAGUGGACACACUGCCCCCUAGUGGGCACGGGAUACUCGACGGAGUAAUUGGAAUGGUGCAGCAACUUGUAACGGAAGGUGACCAUCAAUCUGUCCAUGGUUUCAUUACAUGCGGGGCGUGGACAGCCUUAUGGUAUCGACUCGGACACGCAAUCAAUGUUGACAUAAAGGAAGACAAUGAAACUGAGACAUUGCCAUCAACUCGUCGCAUAACUGGUCCAGCGAGAUGUGAUGAUCCUUACGAUCCAAUGCUCAUGUCACCGGAUGCGGUUUUAUCUUUUCUCUCCCUUGCAACAUCAGUCUUCACUUGGGAGCCGAGUAAAUCUCUUCCUCUCUUCUCCCUGAGCAACGGGAUCGUACUGAUGUCUCUCGUUGCUCUUUUAUCCGAUGAAUUCAUCAGCAGUCCUAACAUACAGCUCCUGACUAAUGAAGAGGACCUUCCAAUCCUCCUAGAAGAGCUUGUGGUUGAGAACCUACAAUGUCUUUGCUUCCCAUUCGCUAUCGAACUAUCAGAACAAAAAUUACAACAAGUGAUCGCUUGUUUUUCGGAGCUAGACGUGAUCCCACUUAUCCUCCACAGAUGCGUCCAAAACAUCUCCCACAGAAGCCUUGAAGUCCCAAUGAGGUUGAUCAGCAAGUUAUGCUCCCACCACCCACCAAGCUUGGACCGUUUCAUCCAUAUUUGCUCCCACAGUUCAACCAAGUCCUCCAACAUUGUCAAGUACCUCAGACAAACCUUAAUCUCACCUGACGCAACUUCUGCAACCAAGUCUGAAUUACUCGGUUUCUUAAACUUUGCCGUUCGUUCAAAACCAGCAAAACACAGCAGUCUCGCUUCUGAAAUUUUCUUCUGUUUUAACAAGCACCAUCCUCCAGCAGCAACUCUGUGUUUUGAAUGCACCGACAUUGAGGUACAGACACAAGCUUGUCUUCUUCUUGGCAACUUAUUAUGUGGAAUCGAAGCUGAAGAAGUUGCCUUUUCCCAACCAGGAGCAGGUGAUGCCAGUUCAAAUUUCCGACCAGCCACUGCAGUAGUUCAACACAUAUCAUCAGAAAAAACCGGUCAACACUAAAAUCAGAAAUUCUUCUUUGUUUCAAGAAAUCAAUUCCCCUCCUGCUGAAGUUUCUUCACCAUGAGAAGCAUGAGGUUCAAUCCAUGGCUUGUCUCACCCUUACUCAUCUGUUUAAAUGGGACACUGAUUUAGAGCAGGUUUUGAUUGACAGCGGGGCUCACAUGAUCUUUGUUGACCUCGUGAUCAACGACCGUCACGCAUCAGUGCAGCAGUUCGCACUUGAAUCGAUUGUAGUCAUGUGUGCCAACCCAACUGUGACUGCAAGUUAUGCUUCAGCGAACAUUCAUGAACAAUUGAUGGCAUUGUUGGAACAAAUGACGACUGUGACAUCACAAAAGGUGAAUGCGUCUAUGAUGUCACGGGGGUUUCCCCUUCACACAAGAGCAUCCACUGUUAGCAGCAUUCAACAACGAGUUAUUCUCGCAAAUAUUAAAAAAGUUGUUUCGAAAAUCAUGGUUAAAAAUAUAUAAUGUUUCAUGUGUUAGAUAAACACAUGUAAAAAAUAGCAAACACUUUUAAGGAUUUAAAGAGAUUAAGAAUUGAAAGUUUUUACCGUUUCGUUCGUUUUGUUACAAUUCCAAUUUCAUAUUUUAUUUUUAUGCAUAUUUUCCACUGUAAAUUUAUUAAGAAUGUGUAACUAUUCAAAUGUGGAUCUGUAAUUGAAACUUUUUCGUUUUAUUAAAAUUUACCAUUUGU